ACAUCAUUGUGACAUUUUUACUUAUUGACUCAUCGGUUCUUCGUGCCGUUAGUCUUGAAAUUACAGUAAAUGGUGCAUUCCAAGUGCUGGCUUUCGUAAUUAAUUGUGUUGUCGUGUUCAAGAUCGAUACCUAUUUAACAAAUUACUUUUUGCCGCACCUUCUACGUUGUCAGGGUUACGAAAGCAUGUACAUCAGAACCUUUUGAGUCGUCUACUUCUUGUCGUGCAGCAUGGGGAAUAAAUUAGUAACAUUUACAGAACAACAAUUGGAAAAUUAUCAGGACUGCACUUUUUUCACCAGAAAGGAAAUAUUGAGAGUGUAUAAGCGUUUCCGCGAGGUGGACCCAGAUAUAGUUCCAAAACAAAUGACUGGAAAUCAACCAAUGACCGUACGUGUACCGUUAAUGAAUAUGGAGAAAUUACAAGAGUUAAAAGAGAAUCCUUUUAAAAAACGUAUCUGCGAAGUAUUCUCGCGUGACGGGACGGGUUAUCUUACUUUUGAAGAUUUUCUGGACCUUCUGUCGGUUUUCAGCGAACAAGCCCCGCGUGAUAUAAAAGUCUUUUAUGCUUUUUGUAUCUACGAUUUCGAUGGCGAUCAACACGUUGGUCCCGAAGACUUACACCAGGCUUUACGACUACUUACACGACAAGAAUUAACGUCGGAAGAGAUGCAGCAAAUAGUUGAAAAGGUUAUUGAAGAGGGCGAUGUUGAUGGUGACGGGAAGCUUUCGUAUAUGGAAUUUGAACAUGUUAUUACACGAGCCCCCGAUUUUCUUUCCACUUUUCACAUACGCAUUUGAGAAUUGUUACCGUGAAAAAAUAAAACUAUAGUCAACA